GAUAUAUAUAUUUUUUUUUUGUGUUGUAACUUGAAAUUCUGUUUAAUUUGAAGAAAGGUGUUGUCUAAUAUAAUGAUAUAAUGUGUAAAAUACUAGAAUAUAAUGUGGUGAUGAACAAUCUGAUCUGGAAGAUUCGCUUUGGCGUCUGUUUAGAGACAGGCAAGUUUGAAAUCGAAAUUUACUUAUUUAUUUUCAAGUUUAAUGGGACGAUGGUGGUUGAAAAAUCGGAAAGUGUUUGUUCCAAUAAUAUUAAUGGUCAAUACUAGGCGCAAGAUGAUGGAAUUCUUUAAAUAUAAUAACGGACAAAAAAUGUAUGACGUUGGUACCUAACUUUAAAAAUGUUUUUAAAAUGACAUAAUCAUGACUUAAUUUUUGAACCUAUUUCAAAAUUAGUCUAUAGUUUUUUUGCAAUAAAUAUCUAUAAUUUACUUAACAAAAUAAUGUUUUUUCCUCCUUUUCUUUUACAAUAAGAUAUUGUCAUCCAAUAAAAUUACAAAUUUUAAUAAAAAAAAAAACACGUGAGAAAGACAAACGGCAGUUAAAAUUAGAACUUCUAAAUAUAGAUCGCGCAAAAAACCCAGAGCUAAGCGAUGCGCAAAUGCAGGAUAUAAUAAAUGGUUCUAAGGUACCAUGGUUCAGAGUUUGUUCGGUUGUGAAGCGAAGAUAUUGUGUUAGUGCGGGUUCUAUAUCAGUGUCAAAAUGACGGUCGGGGAUUCGAAUGUGUACCCAAACUUCAACUACUCAAUUAACGCUAACAAAGUGCUGAACGUGCGAGAUGGAGAUAUUGAGCUGCUUCUGAAGACCUACAAUAUUACGAAGAAUGCUCUAGAAGAUAUGAUCAAAAGCAUCAGGGAAUGGUACGAGAAACAGCCGCAUCUGCCACAAGGACAAUUACAUGACCGCAUGAUUCUCGGCCAUCUUAUAGUCCGUGGCUUCAGUGUGGAACAAUGCAAGGAGAAAAUAGACAACUACUUCUCAUCUAUGGACAGAAUGCCAGAUCUGAUCGCUGGACGAACUCCGUUAUCACCAAACAUGGGGAAGUACCUGAGAGAGGGGUACUGGAUCAUACCCCCCAUGAAGACUAUUGAUAAUCACCGGAUUGUGAUCUUUAGGAUACUUAACCCAGAUAUGGUUGUACUGGAUGUGGCGAAGCUAGGAUUCCUGAUGGGAGACUAUAGACUGUUCAACGAAACUUCAAAUGGUGAUCACUGGGUGUUUGAUUUCACGAACGCCACUCUCAGCCACGCCUUGCAGUUCAAUCCGAUGUUGAUCGCGAAUAUCUAUUAUCAUAUUACGUCAUGCUACGCGCUGAAACUGAAAGGCAUCCACCUGAUCAACUUACCAUCCUUCGGCCACUCUAUCCUGGCCCUCUUCAAGAAGAUCAUGAAGUCCAAACACGUGUCAAGACUGCAUCUGUACGAAGGUUUUGAGAGCAUAUUCAAGGUGCUACCUAAAGAAGUGUUUCCGAAGGAGUUGGGCGGUACUGCAGCUGUGUCGGUUAAGGAAAUUUGUGAUAACUGGUGCGAUGCCAUUCUCUCAGAGAGCUGGCGAAACUUCUACUGCCAUCAGGAGAAACACUUCAGGGUAGACGAAAACAAAAGACCAUCGGCUUCCAAGAUCGGAGACACGUUUGGAGUAGAAGGUUCCUUUAGAAAAUUAGAUUUAGAUUAAAAAGUAGAUAUAAGUUAUGUUAGACUGAGCGGAUAGUCAAGUAGUGUCACAUAGCCUAACCAAAAGUGCACGACUUGAUCCCUGCGUAGGACAGGUUUGUGUGAGAUCCACAAUAUGCUUGUUCUUAUAGCUAUGGCUAACUAUUUUGAUAAAGGUUAACACCAAUUUUACGAAAAUAACCUUCAACAAUAAGGGUUGUUCAAGAACAAAAAAUAUUUUUAUAGAAAUCGCUUAAGGUAGUCAUCACUAAAAGAUUAUAUAAAAAUAAUUUAUGACACACAAAAAUAUAGAGUAUGUCCUUCCUCAAUAAAUGGGCUAUCGAACAUGAAAGUAAUUAUUAAAAUCGGCCUAGUAAUUCCUGAGAUUACCGCGUUCAGGCAAAUAAACCAAUCAAUCCUCAGCUUUAUGAUAUUAGCACAGAUAUAUUAUGAGUGGUUUAGUCUAUAAGUAGGCUGUGUCAAUGAAAAGAAGAAAUGUUAUUUUGUAUUCACUGGGGAAACGGUGAUUUAGAUAAGUUUAGGUUAUUGUAAAGCAUUUUAGAAGUACGACUUCAUUAUUGUAUUACUGAUAAUUUAGAAUUUAAGUGAUAUUGUGAAUAAAUUAAUUGCAUUUUUUAAGUAAA